GGCAGCAGACACUGACGGGGGUUCCACCCCCUGUAAAUAAACAGCACUCUUUUUCCUCUAACCAACCGCAGCAACAAACAAUGGGUAGCCAGAUAUUAUGUGACUAUAGAGACUUCCUUGUAAACCAGGCUCUGAUCAGGGCAUACCAUAGAUUACAGAAGGAAAACGCUCAGAGAAGCAAUGGUAGUGCUGAAGAGGAGGAAGAUGAAGAAGAAGAAGAAGAAAAUAAUAUAAACUUUAGCAGACCAUAUUUCCCAUCUGAAAGGGGAUAUAAUCUAGAUCCGGGGGGAUUUCACUCUAGUCUCGAUCCAGAUCCAGCCAAUGAGAGGGUGUUGAAUCCAGAUGGGGCGGCGGGGGUUUACGCGGGUCAAACCGAGUGGCGCGAAGUCGGGGCCUCAACGCCGGAAGACGGUGGUUACGUCACCAUUCAGUUAAAUCCGAUUCAGCUGUAUCAUGGUGAGGCGGAGGGUGGCGUGAUGCGGGUCAAGUUCUCGGUGCAGUCCACAGUGAAGAGAAGGGUCAAGGCUGAGAUGAACAGAGGGGGAGGCAUUGAGGAGAUCUACGCGGCCGUGACGAACCCCACUGUUCAGCACCUGCAGAUGGCAGGCCACCCUGCUGGCUCUCCUGAUGUUUUGUUGGAGCAGGAGACUUUUGUGCAGCCAGUGAAAGUUCAGAAAAAAGUACGAAGGAGAAGAGUUCGUAGAGGGAAGAGGCCAGGAAAGGAAGAUUCGAAUCUUCCAGCGGCUGCUGGUGUUGGCAUUGAGGACAAGGAGAACCAGAUUCCUAAACAGUCUCACCGACGGGUUCAACCUAAAUCGACAGACCAAAUUGGGAGACCUACACAGUCACAGUGCUGUGAACAGGAACAGGCAUCAACUUCAAGCCUUCCUGUUUGUAUUGAACCAGGGAAUAAGUCGCCACGCCUGCCAGCUGGUUGUGUAGCUCAGGAACAAGUUCCUGUGGCAAUGAAAGUACCUACCGUAGAACCCAAUCAAAUCCCAGCAAUGGAACCCAGCCUAAUUCAUUCUCUAAAGUCAAACCAAAAUGCAGCAUUUGAGCCAAACCAAAUUGCAGCAUUUGAGCCAAAUCAAAAUUUAAAUCUUGAGCCAAACCAAAAAAUAACACUUGAGCCAAAUCAGAAAGGAGUAAUUCAGCUGAAAAAAAAUGAGCCAAACGAAAAAACAGUGGCAGAGCAGCCAGUGGCUGUUAUGGAUGGUGAAGAUGGAGUUCCAAAGAAUGUUCACAGUUCUGAAAACCGGAGACCCAUGGGUCCUGGAGGUAGUGCCUCAGGGCCGGGCAGUACUGCUUCUGUGCAUUCUGGUUCAUCUACCUGUGCUGGCGAUGAGACCUCUGGAGGAAGUAGACCCUCCAAUGCUUUCAGAUACACCAUUACACAUCCAAGUGAGGCCAGCUCGGCUUCUCAACCUGUCGGGUAUCUUUUUCGGAGCCCGCCCGUUCCCAGUGAAGGCCCAAAUCUCCCCAAAGAUGAUGACAUUAAAUUUGUUGAUGAAGAUGAUGAUGAAGAUGAAGAAGGCAAGCUGUUGGCCAAACGUGCCAGUGAGCACUCAAAGCUCCCAGAGGAUUAUGAUGACAUUAAAUUUGCUGAUGACGAAGAUGAUGAAGAUGACAGUUGGUUAGUUCAAUAUAGCAAUGAAGGAAGUAACACAAGUAGCCUUUCGUCACCUUCUGAUGUGUCUGCUGGCGCUUCUGUCCCGACAACAAAGAAGUCGGUUGGGAGGCAAAAUUUGCCUCCACCCCCGCUUCCGCCGAUAGCAGUGGGGAAGUACACCAAAGCGAAGAAAAAGAGCAGCGGGGGGAGCAGACGUAAAGUGAAGCAAUCUCGUCCACCUCUUUCGCCGGUGAAGGAGGAGUUUGACGGCACGGCAGAGGAAAUGGAAGAGAUGGAGGCCAUAUUGGAGGAGGCGGAUGACAGCUUCGAGCAGCUGCUUAUCAGUGCUGAGGAUGAUGUGCUCAUCUCUUCCAAGUCAGAUCAGAGCUCUCGGGAUGAUUUGGAUUUGGAUGAUUUUGUUGGGGCUGCAGCUCCUGCUGUUAUCAACGAGGAAGAGUUUGAGGCCUUAGCUUCUCAUGUAAGCUUGACUUCUCCUGUGGUCAAGGAAGUGUUGAGAUUUGUGGACAGGUCAGAGGAGAGGGUGGUGGUACGAAAGGAACAGUUUGAGUUGUCGUCACCUGAUGAAGAGGAGACCGAGUCCCAAGAAGCAGCAGUGAAAAGAGUAACGGGAGAAAUGAAUUUGCGGGAGAUUUCUGGGAGGGAUGAUCAAGAUAAAAAGAUGAGCAAACCCUUGGAACAUAAACCAAAACCCUUGGAACCUGAACUAAAACCAUUGGAGGUUGAGGACAUGAGCAGUUCUGACGAUGAGCUCCGAGAGUUUGCGGAAAGUCUUGGAAAGGGCUCUGGCGGUAGUGAGUCGGACACAGAGAGCCAUGGUGUAGAGUCUCCUCCUGAGUUGGUUGGGCCUUCUGAUAUCGUAAUGCAUAAUGUUGUAAUGCACGCCCCUGAGAUCAUAGUUUGUCCUCCCUCAGCUUCAACUGAGAAGCUCAUGAAGUUUAAUGAAGUAGAAAAGCCUUUGGACGUAGAGGAGAAUGCAACUGGCAUUGGUAAGACAUUUGAGCAGAAGCCUGAAGUAGAAUUGCCAUGUGAAACACCUUCCUCUACCAUGACAGAAAGGAAAAGAGAACUGCCAAAGGCUGUCAAAGAGGAGCAGAAAGAAGAAUUUACUGCAGCUUCUCGACCAAAAGUGGAUGCUUCUGCAGCUGAAAUGUCUUUUUCAAAAGAGAACCAAGGGGUGAAGAUUGGUGAGGUCCCCCGUAAAACAACUUGCAUUGAUGAUUUGAGUGGAGAAACAGGCUCUAGUGAUGUACGAAGAAAAGAGACUUGUGUUGAUGACUUGCCUUUUGCCGAUGAUGCUGACAAUUACAGUCUGCAGGACAGAGAUGAUGCCAGGGAUUUGACACGUGGCCUCACAGAAGGGAUACCUGACUGUAGAAUCAACACCAAGAAUCAUAGUAACAAAGAAAGUGGGUCGUCCAGGGGGCGUGAAGUGACAGAUGUUGGUGAUAUAAUUCCUGCCCAGUUUGUGGAAAGCAGUGAAAUCAGCACUUUUGAUCAUACUUCUCCAAAGUAUCAACAGUCUGUUGAUUCUAAGCGUAAGAGAAAAAAUGAGUGUGCUGAAAUGCCAGGACAGACAAAACCUGCAACUGAAGUAAGCAAGCAGCCUUCAGAGUUUGAACGAAACAAAAUUGUCACAAAUGUGGAUGACAUUGAUAUGGAUAUAAAUACAGCUGAUCCAGCAGAGUUGAAAGUCGAAGGGAAGCCCAAAGGAAAUUUAGGAAAGGCUGUUCAAUAUGUGCAAAAGCCUAAGAAAGGUGUCAAAGAACAGGGCAGAGAUACUGAGAGAACUGGAAGAGAGUUUGAGAAAGUGAAUAAAACUGAGAAAGGCAAUGGGGAUUUGGGAAAGGGCAGACUGUUUGUGGACCCAAAAAAAUCUAAGGCUGGAAAAGCGAGACGAGACAUAAAGGAAGUUGGAGGAGAUCUUAAUAGAGUCGGGCAAGAUACUGAAUGUCGUGGUAAAGAGGAUGAAGGUGAUGAGUCAGAGGACCUGAAUGAGUCAGGUUCAAUAAAACAUAAAGAGGUAUCGCAGCUAAGUCUGGAUGAAGGUCCUAUUGGAACUAGUUCACCAAAAAUAGGAAGGGCGAACAAGUCUCAGGAGAGUCCGUUUAAGACCUACCCUCAGAAAUUGGGAAAAUCAGAAGAGACUUUACUGGACAUUAUGCCACUAAGACAACCCAAAGCCAUGAUAGUGGCCAAGUCUCAGGAGGGCCUAGUAGAGUCGAGUGAUGAUGAACCUGAGAAUUUUCCUCUGUCCAGAACUUCGUCACUGGGACCUCACCACAGGAACAAGAGACACAAGAGGGUGGCUGCUCCCGUUGUUGUCAAUAGCGCCUCCAAGGAAACUGACGUUGACGACAUCAGCAGAGCCCCGGGGAGUCCAGGGAGAGAGGGCAAAGUGAAAGUGCUGGACCAGUACCACUUGAUGAAGCACAAUGAAAUGAUGGAACUCUCUAGUGCCAGGAGUGUGUUCAAACCAGCUCCUGGAGUUACUCCUUCAGUCAGCUCAGAGGCCUUGCCGCCCCUUCCUGAAACAACUGAUGUCCCCAGCAUCUCUGACUCUGAGGGUCGCCAGAAGCACGCUGAGGAAUCACGAAUUGCCCUCAGAGCUGCAAAGGUAAAAAGACAAGACUCAAAUACAACUGGCGUGAGUGAGGUGACGGCAUCAGAAGAUGGAACUCCGAAGAAGAGAUGGGUGCCCAAGCAGCGAAGAGACAAGCGCAAAGGUCAGAGGCAAGCAGAAGAAAUUGGGCAGAAUGAGACCACUGACAGUGUCAAGGCCGAAACUCAACACUCCGAGGACCAUAGGGAAAGUCCUUCACAAGUCCGGCGUAUUGGUCGUGUUGCUGUUAAUUCAGGCACAGUUCCCGUUGACAAUGGACUGUCUGACCCUUCGGCCAUUGCUUCCCCUGUGGAAAUUAAAGAGGACCGGGGAGUUGUUCAUAAAAUGCAAGAAACUGAUAUUGAUGCAGUGUAUGUAAAUGAGGACCCCAGUGUAGAAGACAUUGAAAAGGAUGCCAAUGAAAGGCCCCAUCGAGACCUUGACAAAGUUCACAUGGAGGAGUCGGGAGACGCUGACAAAAUAUAUAAAGAUGAGAACAUUUUCACAGAGAAAAAUGAGGAAGGAUUGCAUGCUUUUGCACCGUCGGCUGGUGACAUUGAUGAACGUAUGAGUGACAACCAUCCACGUUCCAGUCAGGUUGCCAAGAGGGACACGCUUGUCGUAUCUGACUUGGAAUCUCAUGGAAAGAAGCCUUUGACUGACAAAGUGCACUUGUAUCCUGACCAGAUGAACAGACAUACAAUGGGUGGAGAGGAGUUGGGUGAUUGUAGCAAAGUGGGUUUGGAUCCUAACCAAAUGAACAGAGAUUCAGAGGUUCGAGAUAGUGAACUGGUUAAUAACAGGAACUUGGGUUUUGAUCCCGAUCGGAUGAUCGGACACACAGAGGCUCCAGAUGAACAGGUUGAUUAUGAGACUGUUGGAAGGAGAGAGUCGGAGAUCAAAGAUAGUGACAAUGAGUUGAUUGACGGUGAGUCUGGUCGGAGAAGAGAAUCAGGAGGGACAAAAGGAGACAACAGACGUGGUAGAGAUGAAAAGGACAGAAGAGACGAGAGAGGAGACAGGAGUGGCCGAGAGGAUGGAGAUCGGGGUGAUAGAGGAAGGCGUGAUGGUGGCGGUCGGGAUAGGAGGAGUCAUGAUGACGGGGAUAGACGGAAGAGGGAUGAUGAUGAUGAUGAUGAUGAUGAUAAGGAGAAAAGAAACAGGAAGGAUAGAGAUAUCAGAGAAGCUUCUGGAAGAAGACGGAAAAGGUCAGGUGAUGAGAGUGAUGGAGAAAAUGAAAUGGAUCAAGAAAACUCUGAACGAGAUGAGGAUAGGAGGGGCUCUUGGGGAAAGAGGAAGCACGCUGGAAGACAUGACAGAAAAGACUUUGACAGGGAGGGUGUAGAUGACCACUGGAGAGGUGGGGGUGAUGAAAAUGGAAGAUGGAGUGGCGGGAAGAGAAGAGACAGACAUAGCAAUGUCAGAGACAGAGACAACCAAAGAGAUUCUGAUAGAAGACUAAAUGAGGAGGACAAGAACAGACGACAGAAUGAUGGGACAGACAAAGAACGGAGGAAACCUUAUGACUCUGAUAGGAAACAAAAUCAUGAUGAUUUUACUGGGAGCAAAGAACAAGGUAACAGAGAAGAUUUAAGACGCAAUGAUCUUGAUGAAAAAGACAACAGAAGGAGCAGCAACAGAAGUUGGAAGAGAAAAUCUGAUAAUCCAGGCAGAGGAAGGACUGUUGAAAGAAGUGCUGAUGAAUAUGAUAAGUACAGUCCAGGACAGGUACCGAAUGCAGAGCUGUCACAAUCUGGGUACCAGGACUUGAAUGAGACUGAUCUAAAGGAGGAGGGCUCUGUUGUAGAUUCUCAAGCAGACGAAAAAAGACCUUACGUUCGUCGAAGCAGAGCUGAUCGUAGAAGUCGUCAGAAGAGGCCUGCAAGGUCAGAUGGAUCAGACACUGGGCACAGAACCUCCUACAGCACCAACAUCGAUGACCCCCCUUCCCUUUCUGUCGACAGUUCAUUUUCACCAGGGAAGAUUGAAGUGUUAGAGAUGACGUCUCCUGACUCUCACCUCCGAGCCCCUCGCUUGGAUCCUGAUGUCCAAAGCUCCCCGCGCCUGAGUCGGCGCCGGGGCGGAGCCAUCGCCCCACGUGAUGAGAGUGACAAGAGGAGAGCCAAUUUGUACGGGGCCAUCGGCAAAGACAAAUCUAAAAUGCCCAAGAAAGAUGACGGUCUUCUGAAGGUGAGCAGAUUAGGAGACAGUCUCACCGACUACCUGAGACGAUCCAAUGUAUCUCUUGCCAGCUCGACUCACUCUAGAAGAUCCCACAGUAGCAGCAGAGUGUUCGACAACUCUCCAGAGCACAUUCCUCCAAAACCCCAGAUUGACCCUCUGACCGGAGAGCCGUUCUACUUCAUUCACCCUCUGAUGAGCAAGUCUAUGGAAAGUUUGCGCUCUCGCUCCAGUGAAAGGGGCAGUCUACGACGGUCAGACCACAGCCCCACGAAAACAAGUGUGUCUGGUGCAGAGCUAUCGCCUGUGAAAACAGAAACCUUCAUGCCUGAUGACAGCGUUCCUUCUGAAUCUGUCCCUCAGGCUGCAAAGAGUGAGACAGAUAUGCCAAACAGACGGCAUGAGUCGGUUGGCAAAGAGAGUGGUGACGUUGAGGACGUGUACGAACCAGUAGUACCGCUUCAAGAUGACAGUAAUUUUAGGCAUGGAUCUCAUCAAGCGCCUGAAGCAGCUAAGAUGAAUGCAGAGAAAGAUCUCAACCUAAAGUCUGAAGGUAGGAUUGACGUUGAUGGCAGACACAGCUCGGAGAAGAAUGUCAGUGUGGAGCGCCCAGACAUGGAGAUGGAGAAACAAGGAGAAUUUGAAGGUGGUCGGGACCGUGGUCGUUAUGGCAGUAGAGGGGACCAUAAGGAUGACAGAGAGGAGAGGAGUUAUGACAGAGGAACUGAUGGAGAAAACUCACCUUCAUGGCGUGGAGACCACAAGGGGAGAAGGAACGAUGGUUACGCUCUGCCCGAAAACGAAAAUAGACAAGAACAUAAUUCCAAAGACUUAUCAGUCGAGAAUGAUGAAACUGAUGUCCGAGCACCUCGUGAAAGUGACAGAAGACACAAGCAUAACAGUAGUGGUAGACAUGACGCUGACGAUGCACCACAUGAUCAUGGCAAAAGACGUAGUCAUGACGAUGACAGAAGGCGUAGGCAUGAUGAUGAAUUUUCGCGUGAUGAAGAGGACUUGUCUCGUGAAGACGAACGAAGGCAUAGGCGUGACGAAAAGGACAGUAGACGUUACCGUGACGCAGACCGACGGCGUGAAGGUGACAGGAGACGUAGACAUGAUGAUGAUGACUCAUUUUUGGAAGAGGAUCAGGAUGAGAGGAGAGAUUAUGAUAAGUCAACUCGUGAGGACGACAGAAGGAGAAGGAGGAAUAAAGAGGAAAGGCGAAGAUCAGAUCCAGAUAAAGAUGAUAGAAGAAGAUCAGGGCGAGAUAAAGAUAAUAGACACAGAUCAGAACCGGAUAGAGAUGAUAGUCAAAGAUCAGAAUCGGGAAGAGAUGAUAGACGGAGAUCAGAUCCAGAUAAAGAUGAUAGGCGAAGAUCCGAUCCAGAUAAAGAUAAUAGACGAAGAUCAGGGCGAGAUAAAGAUGAUAGACACAGAUCAGAACCGGAUAGAGAUGAUAGUCGAAGAUUAGAUCCGGAAAGAGAUGCCAGACGAUCAGAACCAGAUAGAGAUGAUAGACAAAGAUCAGAACCAGAUGAUGACAGACGGCAUGAUGCAGGUGAAAGAAGACGACGAAGGGGUAAAACUAACGAUAGACCUGAAGAGGAAGAUGAGUCUAUAGAGAGAGAUCACAAGAAAUCAAGUGGUGAUGACAGACGCAGAGAUCGUCGGAGAUACAGAGAUGAAGACAAUGAUGAUGACCAAGAUGACAGAAUGGAGGGGAAAACCCGGCGCAAGAGUGAAGAGAGAAAACCUGAUCAUGCUCAAAUCAAGCGAGGCACGAGACGACAUCGGAGUGAAGACAUACCUCAUGCACCCUCAGAGGCUAAUGUGAAAACUGAUUUGGGGCCAUUGUUGGCGGAAAAUCCCAUUGAAGUUCAGCUCGAGCAAGAGAAGCCUGAAGAAGAUGAUGAUUCACCACCUUUAUCCCCAAAGAAAGGUUUCCUGAGCAGGCUUAGUUGUGUGGGCGGUAGGAGUUCUGAUGUGUCUCAAAAGAAAGACAAGUCAAAAAAUAAGGCUCCAUUGGAGAAAACGAAGGAGGACAACAAAAAAGGGAGGGAUUUUUAUGAUGAAGGAGAAAAGCGGAAAAUAAAGAAGCUGGCAAAAGAUCAGGAAAAGCAGCCCAAAGAUCUGUAUUUCAUCGAAGCGGAAGACCAUCAGCUGGGCAAAGAAGAGGAUGUCGAUCAAGAUACUAAAGAAAGUCCCAUAGCACCUGAUGGCGCACCUUCUAGAACACCAGAUUAUUCUCCUCACUUUUCCGAAUCUCAACCAAGAAGAGCGCAUUACACUAAAAAGUCAGAUUCCUUAGAGCGCCGUAAGCCCUUAUCAACAUUUACGGAACCGAUCAAACCACUCGAGUUGGAUCAUUUUGACGACCUGUUGCCAAUGGACGAUCGUGUAAAUGAUGUACUCUCGAGAAUAGCAGAGGAGGAGAGUCUUCAAAGUGUUGCCUCGUCUAGCAGAGACGCGACGAAAGUGAGUACAUUUAAGACUGCUAGUGAAAUGGGUAAUGAUUUUCCAAGCAGCAGACAGGAGCCACAGGAAACACAUGGGUUUGCAAGUAACUCAGAUGCAGAAAAACAGGACAGAAGCUGGAACGCAGAAGAUGAAGAACCUGCCGCGAAGGAAACGCCGAGAAGCAAAACUUGGGAGCCUAGAGCGAGAAGAGAUUUGACCUCAAGACCCCGAUCGAGGCCGUCGGUGUCACCUCCCAAAGUCCCUUUACUUCCUGGCGGAAGUGGUGGCUCGUAUGGGGAGGCGGGUGUCGGUCAGUCAGGAAAUAUUCAAGACAUGGAAUCCCCACCUCUUGAUUCUGCUGCUCUUCAUCGGUCACAGGAGGAAGACUCGAGUUUCGAGAGUCCGAUUCAAGAACUGAAUACCUCUGCUCCUGCCCACUUCAACGUGGGUCAUCGGAACGUGUUUGGUCCCGCCCGCGACCACAACGACAGCGGCGGUGGGCCGGACGACGAUCCAGUCCAUUUGACAGACAGCUCUGUAGACCCGUCCUCUUCUUUCGACACGUCCGACUUGAAUCACAGACGUCGAAACCGCGCAGUGUCCUUCGACGACGGCUACACGCCCACGCUCUCCAACCCGCCCUUUUCGCGCCUCCCACAAGAUGGAGUCGUCGGCAGCAGCGACGGUUUACCCGCCCGCCGCCGCGUGUCGCAGACCUCAAUCGGCACGCUAGAGUCUGGCUCUUCUCGUCCGCGUUCUACCUCUACCACGUCAUCAAACCCACUCACAUACCAGCCGUGGCGCGCCAAAGCUCGCCGCCGCAGCCGCUCCAUGUCCAUCAGCGAGAUGGUCUACGCUGCUGGUGUACCACGUCCACGACGCUCACACUCCAUCGGCGAGAUUUUCAACAGCACUGUGGCCAGCAGUGUAGCUCGCCGACGUUCACGAACCCCGUCCGUCGGCGACAUUCAGACGCGCAUGUACCAGCCCCGACAGCGUAGCCGCUCGCGCGCCUCGCUAGGGGACACCUCCUUUGGUUCUGCUGCCCCUGCUCGGCAGCGGCGCAUUUCUCGCGAGUCCGUCACCGCCGGCAGCGGCGAUCAGGUGGCCCACUCUGCACACCCUGCUGCCGACCCAGCCAACUCUGCAGUUAAGAGAUCUGAGUCUGAGAGACAACCUAGUAGAAAUCCAGAACUGGUUGAAGAUUUGGAUCGCAAAAAUGUAGAGAGGUCUAAGUCUGACCGGAAACCCCAGCUAAGGGAAGAGCUUGGAGAGGACAAGCCAGCGUCCCCAGCAAAGUCUGACACUCUGAGGUCCACAGACAGCGCCAGUGGAGGGGAGACUCUGGAAGAGAGGAGCAGCAAGGAGGGAUCUCCGACAAAAGAGCAUCCAUCUCCUACUAAGGACAAAAAGAAAAAGAAGAAGUUCCGCAUGCCGUCAUUCUCCAAGAAGAAGAACAAGGAAAGCAAAGAGAGUGCCAUCUGAGACCGGGACGCUGCUGACUAGAAGGCCCCUCGUCCACCAUUUACUUACUUGUUCACUAACUGGCCUGGCCACCACUGACCACUAGAUCGGCCUCCAGGACCUCCACUCCCCACUGCCCUUCUCUCCUCUCUCAUCCCAGCUCAUGUCAUCAUUUCAGUAGAAUAAUUAGUAUUGUCCCAUCUCUCAUCUUCAGAGCACUCUCUCUGCAUCGCUUGCCUUAUUGCUCCCGUUAUUGCCUCUAAUGGGAUUUGCUUUGAUUUCUUUUGUUGCUUGCAAAUUAUUUUUUAAGAAUAUCGCUAUAGUGCUAGCUAAUCUCUUUCGUUUAUCAAAUCAGCAAAGAGCAUUUUGUAAUCCCCUUUAAGAGAGGUUAGUCUGCUAUUAUUACCAGCAAUGCUGAUGAUUUAAGAUAACUUUAAAAAAAAAGUUCUGUCUUCAGCUGUAGAUAUUUGUUGAUGUGAACCUGCUUUUUGUGCUUGAGAUCAGUCAGUUUCAGUGGGGGUGAUCCUGAGGGUUACGGUUAUGAAUUAUUUUAACUUGUCUUUUAUGGACUUAAAUAUACCUCAUAUAAAUAUGAGGGACUAAAUAAUGUGAUUUUUUUCUAAGACCUUUAGAUAUAUUCCCCCAAAUGUCUACCCAUCAAAUCAGAAUGAUUAGACUUACGUAAUUACGUCACAUGUGUUUUUGCAAUGUAAGCAAGUUUUGUGAUUUUUGUUUCGUUAUACUUCGUCAGCCCUUGAUAAGUAUGCAAUUUUUUUAGAUGUAUAUUAUCAUUGUACCUCCAUUUUGAUGUGUCUAAAGAAUUUUAAUGCCUUGAAUCCAAAUGAAAAGUUUGUUAGCUGAACAAACUCAUAGAAGUUUUGAAUGCGACAUCAGUUCAGUGAAUCUGUGCUGUUCACAUUUCAUUUUUUUGUAGGAUACCCUGACCUGUAAUGGUCUGGUUGUGCUGUGUUAUGUUAGUGAUUAAAGGUGAUUUCUAUCAAAUGGGCACUGUGUUUGUAUAAAUCCAAUUGUCAUGAAUUCGUUUCUAAAUCUGGAAAUUUGAAAAUUAAAAACUUUGAAACGUGAAGUUCCCAGUGUAGUCAGUACGAAGUUGAGCAAACAAAACUUUAUGAAGGACUGAUUGAAUAGUAUAUUUUUAGGAUUUGCCUGCACAGUUUGAUAGGAAGUUAACAACUGACUGAAUGAAAGAUUCUUCAGUACUGUACAAAAACAAUAUUGUUGGGUACUUGCUAGAAUGCUUAUUUUCUGCUCAAUUUUGUUUUGUACUAUUUAUCAGUUGUACAACUUAAACAAUGUUUUAUGCAUAUGUAUGAGGAGGUGCUUCCAGCUUGUAAAAUCACAAUAGAUAUUCUUAGAUGGAUAGAUGACAUUUCUUUCAGGGUGCCAACUUGCCCCUAAACUCAUGGUCAUUACCUCUCUUGUAGGUUCUGUAUGAAAAUUAAGGAAAGCUUGGUCCCUGGAUGCCCUUGGACUCCGAGCAACAUUGUUCAUAUUUCGAUAUUUGAGCAGGCUGUUCAAAUGGGGGGAAAAAAGCAACAAAUGUGUUUGUAACUUAUCAGUGACUGUAUUGUCUGCAUUUUUUCCCCUCCCUGUUCGCACAUUUGUACUCUGUAAGCAGGAGCACCUUGUGGUCCAUAUACUUCCCUUGCAUGUGUUUGUUUUUUUCUAUUAUCAAAGAUUCAUGAAUUUGUCAGUCUGGAGUACAAUCAUAUAAUGGAUGUUUCAUAGCAGGAAUGGACCAUUUCAAGCUUUUCAUGUGGGGUCUGAGAAUGGGUUCACCAUCCCUCCAUCCCUCUCCUCCUCCCCUCCUCCCCCUCCCCUUUUUUGUGUGGAAAAAAAGCAAUGUUAAACAAUUCGUUCAUGUAACUUUUCCAUAUGUGUAAUGACAUUUGUGGAUAUUGGCAAAUGAAAAUAUUGGUGUUAAAAAUUUCUGUGUUCUUGGCUAAACUACAAGCUACCACGCGCUGUCUUUAACUGGAGAAAAAAAGAAGAGUAUUGUUAAAUCUCGAGUGUGUUUUCCUUUCCUUCUGUUAGAUUGUUCGUCCUUACAUUACCCGGGAGAUCUGCUUCAUAUUAAUGUUAUCCAUGUUUGCUUUGUUGCUUCUGAUUUUUUGGUGCUGCUAUUUCCCCUUUGUCCGAUUCCCCUGGUUCCCGUUUCCACUUGCUAGUCCCUGUACAUCUGGCCACACUUCAAGGGUGGUUAGUGUUGGUUUCAUUCCCCUUCCUUCAGUCUCUGACUCGUCUGUUGUCUUCAGUGACAAGUCUUGUAGGCGCCCUCUCUGGUGUACAAUGUCCUGUUUGGAAAAUAUUUGACAUGUAAGAAUACUACUGCCAGUUAAUUUUAUCUUGAGCUCCAGCCUUUUGGGCUUUUAAUCUUUUUGUUAAUACUUUUUACUUUCGGUUGGUUGUUUCAAUUAUGAAAAACUCUUGUUUUAGUCAAGUAACCUUCUGUGGGAUUGAAGUCUUCAGUAUCUGCUUUUUGUUGCGUUUGUUUUAUCAAGGGAAUGGUUGGUUUUCUAAGUAAGGAGAUGUUUUGAAGGGAUUUUUUUUUUUAGGGAGUGGUCACUGUGGAUGCAUUCAACAGACUUUUUUUCUUCUUCAGCAGUCUGACUUCGUAUGGCUGUGAUGAGCCAAUCUUUGGAGUGAAAUGUGGGAACUCCUACACCUCCUCUAUCUUUUACAUUACUGUAUAUUGCUGUACUUCAUGUGAUUUCAAAGUGACUAACUACAAAAGAUUUGAGCACAUAUUAAUAAACUAAUAUUAUUUAAAUGUGCAUAUUUCCUCCUACCGAAUAAAUGUGUCGUCUUUUUUUUUUCUUCUGUUGAAGACAUUUAUUUGUCUUCUUUUUCUUUAGAGGGAUUUUGUCUAUGUGAUUCUUGAGUGUGAGGAUUUAGAAAGUUGAAAUACUGUUUCUUUUUUCUCUUUUUCUUGGUGUUACAGUCAUGGCCAUUCUCCCCAUGUACUUCUGCAAUGUGCCUAUUACUGUUUGUUCUAGGAAAAACAAUUCUUCUCUUGCUACCAUACUUUUAUAUGUUAAAAUGUAUGAUGUUGUCGUGAUGGAAAUAAUUUUAUCCAUGGGCUUGACAGUUUGCCAGUUUUUGUUUGCUAUAUUGUACAUAGUCACUGACAUUUUGUUGAUUAGUGUCACCUGUCAUAUUGUUAUCAUCAAGCUUCUCAGCACUGGAUAUUUGGGUUGCCUUCUGGAUGUGUACGUGCUGUAGCCGAUUCCUUCUUUCGACUUCAAUUUUCGGAUUUUGAAGAAGAUUGCAAGAUGUGAACUGUCACCGUCAUGUCGUCAAGUAUCUGCAGGACGCUCUUUUUUUUCCCCCUUUGUGAUUUAUAUAAGAAAAAAAUUAUUAUAUAUAUCUAGUUUUCUUCAGUUUCGAGAUCUUUUCGUCUUUCUCCAGUACCAACUCUAGGGACUUUUAUCAGGGUGUAGGAACUUCUGUUCUGGUUCUGCCUUCGCAUGAUACUUUUCAUAGAGGUGGAAGGCUAAUUUACUGCCAAAACCAGCUGUUGAUGUUUUUCAUUCUCUUCAUUCUCUUCAUUCAGGGGCAAAAUGUACUCUGGUCUUUCUCGUGUAUGUUCGGAACAGGGAUUUGGUGAAAGUUGCAAGCCAACGAGUCAGCCCGUAUUCUCUUCCUCUGAUGGAUAAAUCGCCUGAGACAUGCAGCUUUUUCAAAAUUGCAAUCAAAUGUCAGUAGCUUACCAUCGAACCAUUGUUGUUUUGUGUGCGUUUUCCCCCUCUUUCAUACCCCACUUUGUUCCAGAUGACUUGUUGCUAGCUGUGCAAUCAUUUCAAUGAGACUUAAAGCCGUGAAUGUCCUCAUGUUCCUAUGAGUCUGAGUGUUGCUACUCUAGGGUCGGUUUAGCUGUAAAUAUCAUUUUUUAAAUGUUUUCUGCGCCCUGUUAUGUGUCUUUGGAAAUGAUUAUGAUUUCACCUUAGGGUCAUUAUUCUAGAGAGCUGCAAUGACUGUAUACUACUACUAUUAUGACAUGUAUAAUCUCAUCUGAGUCCAUUACCUUGGAAAAUAUUGGAUUGGUCAUUCAUUAUUCAGAUAGGUGAGUAAGUAUUCACGCAACCUUUUUGCCCCUCAUCGCUUUGUGGGGCUUAUUUUUCCGUAAUGUGAGUUGUGCUGAUUUUCACCUAGUACAGUAAAGCAUUGGAACAUUUAUAGAGCGGCAGAGUGAAUGGUUGCGUUUGGAAAGGGUGGCAUUUUUCACUGUUCCAUCUUUUUUUAGGGUUCAAAAUUUCCCUCCCUUGUGAAAGGGGGAAGAAAAGAAAAAAAAUCACUUCAUGGAAAAUUUCAUCACUUCUGGUGCUGCUGUUUCCACAUUUGAAGUGCAGAUAUUCCUCUGUGCUGACAGUUUGUCCAACAUGUAGGCAUCCAGGUCAUCUGGUAUAGCAGCAACUGGUACCUCCGUGCUUCGACGAUAUGCAUCUCAUGUUGAUGACCGUAGACCAAUUAAGUCCUGAUCCGAAAUAGUGUGGAGAGUUAUUUCAUUAACUUGCCAGGUCUUCUUAUAAUGCAUAAUUUGAGAGAGUAAUUGCAGCCUGAUGAUACACUUUUGAUUUUUGAAUGUCACGCAUACAUGUUUGAUUUAUUAACCAAAUGUGUCGCAGUAUCAGUAAAUAUUCUGACUUACUGGUUUUUUUGUGUUUUUUUAAAACAUUUUUUUCUGUUCAAGAUUAUAAACUUGUACAGUUUUAUUUAAUUUGUCAAUGAGUGAGUGAUUUGCUAGGUUGUGUUAGUUUUUUCUGUUUUUUUUAACAGAUGUUCUUUUUAGGAACGAAACUAAGAUGUUAAGCUGUUAAGCUUUCCUUGUUCUGUAUUUAUAUAUGUAAAGGGACAAUACUGGGACUGUAUUCAAAUUCUAUGUCAAGCUUUUAUCCAUUGUGUUUCGACUCACUUUGAUCCAGACUGCUGAGCUGAUUAGUGUGCAGCCUAUUUCAUAGUGAAGGUCUGGAUAGUAGAAACUAGAUUGUCUCAAAAUUCAGCGAAGGUUGUGAAAUUAUUAUUUUUAAAACAUUUUCUAAGAACUCUACGAGGCUGUGUUUCCAAACUUUUUUCCUGUAGCCCUACCCUGGCUUCAAAAUUCCAGACUGUUUUUAAGGCAAAAAGGCUAAUGAUAUAAAUAUCAAACAGCAUGAUGGUAUCCUAGACAAAUAGGUGUAUGAUACAAAUAUCGGAUUGCCAAAUAGUAUCCUAGACAAAAAUAUCCAUAGAAUUAUUGCAUCUCUUUUAAAUGUACAGUGCUUUGUAUAGUAGCUUUUCUGAAUCUUAAACCGUGAAAGAAAUGCACCCUCUCCUUGUAAGGCAGUAGAUUUCUGAAAAAAGGAACAGUUGAUGGAUGUGUCCAACACACAAACUUUGGAGCUGCCAGAUACUAUUAAUGUGGUCACUGUUGACUAUCUCUGACCAUCGGAGAGUGUGACUCUUUCUUCAGGUGACAAGUAGUAGUAAAUUUUCCGCACAUUUGACAUAAUUGAUUACUAAAGUUGUAGUAGAAGAAACACAAACCAGUAAGUGUAGCCAAACAAGCUUCCACAGUAUGUCUGUGAGUGAGCCGAAGCUUCUUCAAAUUAUUUGUUAUAAAUCUUUUACUCAAGCUUUUUAUAGUGUAUUUGAUUGAUUCUUCGGUCACUCAAGCUUUUAGUCAACCUGUAAUGCUGUGUCUAAUAAAACUUUUUAAAGUAAAA